AUGAAGCGGCCGUGCGAGGAAACUACCUCCGACAGCGACAUGGACGAGACCAUAGACGUGGGGAGCGAGAAUAAUUACUCGGGGCAAAGUAGUGGUUCUGUGAUUCGUUCAAAUUCCCCAACAACAUCAUCUCAGAUUAUGGCCAGAAAAAAAAGAAGAGGGAUUAUAGAGAAAAGGCGCCGUGAUCGUAUAAAUAACAGUUUAUCUGAGUUGAGGCGGCUUGUGCCAACUGCUUUUGAAAAACAAGGAUCUGCAAAAUUAGAAAAAGCAGAAAUACUGCAAAUGACAGUGGAUCAUUUGAAGAUGCUCCAGGCAACAGGAGGUAAAGGUUAUUUUGAUGCUCAUGCACUGGCCAUGGAUUUCAUGAGCAUUGGAUUCCGAGAAUGUUUAACUGAAGUUGCAAGAUAUCUGAGCUCAGUGGAAGGUCUGGACACAUCUGAUCCGCUAAGAGUUAGACUUGUGUCUCAUCUCAGCUCUUGUGCAUCUCAAAGGGAAGCUGCUGCAAUGACCUCAUCCAUGGCUCAUCACCAUCAUCCCUUGCAUCCUCACCACUGGACAGCAGCAUUUCACCAUCUCCCUGCCGCUUUACUGCAGCAGAAUGGACUUCAUUCCUCUGACACCACUCCUUGUAGACUUUCAACAGCGUCGGAAGUGCCUCCUCAUGGCUCUGCUCUUCUCACGGCCACCUUUGCCCAUGCUGACUCCGCGCUCAGAGUGCCCUCAGCUGGCAGUGUUGCUCCCUGUGUCCCACCUCUUUCUACCUCUCUUCUCUCGCUCUCUGCCACUGUACACGCUGCUGCUGCAGCUGCUCAGAGCUUCCCUCUGUCUUUCGCUGGAGCAUUCCCAAUGCUUCCACCUAGUGCAGCGGCAGCAGUGGCAGCUGCAACAGCAAUCAGCCCACCAUUAUGUGUAUCGGUAGCUUCCAGUCCUCAGCAAACUAGCAGUGGUGGAAAUAGUAAACCCUACCGACCUUGGGGGACUGAAGUUGGAGCUUUUUAAGCCUCACACACACACAAGCCGUCUUUGGACUUCAUGCAGUAGUAACUCAGUGUCCUUCCUAUUCAGUCAGAUUGAAGGUCUGUAUCCGCGCAAAUAGCCUUAUAGAUGCCUGCAAGCCAAUCAAGGAACAGUAAAGCUAUUCUAGGGUCAGACUUAAAAGAGGACAUAUAGCAGUAUUGGGUAUAUUUUUCUUUGUUUUGCUUAAGGCACAUUGGUGAGCAAUGGUGGCUUUCAGAAACAUCAUACCCCAAUGACCAUUUAGAAGUUUAUUGGGAAAUAGGUAGACUCUAGACCCAAUAAUCCUCCAGCCAUACACCGUUAUUUGGUAGACAGAUGGGGGCUAGCACCUCUAAAUUUCUCCUGAGGCUGGACGAAAAGUUCGAGUUUCAUAAGUGCCUGACAUACAUAUGCGUU